UUUCUGCGCAUCCAAAAUGCAUGUUUUUGUUCCACGGCAACUACUGUCGCGAGAUUUUUUUUUAUCAGAUUAAGAUAUCACGAAGACAAUACCGGGCCACUAGGCAAGUUUGGUUGAAAUUGUUCGUUGCAUAGAUUGAUUUGUUUGACCACAUGAGCCUUGCAUAAAUAUUGUAGCCAAGCGUGUGUCCAGUGCUGUAACACAAUUCUCAGUUCUCUUAUUGCGCGGGGGUUGAUAGCCCGCGCGACCCAUUAGUUUUGAAAAUGGCUGCCCAAAAGACGCCGGGGUGAUGUGGACGUUCUCAAGUGAUGGGAGAUAGCCAGACGUUCCUUGUACGCUACACUAAAAGGCAAAAAUGUAAGUGACAUGCAUCGAACUUCAUCUCACGUAAUUAUUUUUAAGUGAACGAGGAAACAGCGUUUCGUGGCAGCUGUUUAUGUUGAGUAACUCACGCUAGUGGUGUUCUGUAAGUAAUGUUCAAUCGUAAGAUUCUCGCGCCAAAAAGAUCGUUCCAAUUUCGCUCUGUGUUCAUAAGGAUGCAAUUAAAAGUGUUCCAUUAUCAAUUUUCGAUGUCUUAAGCUCAUAAAAACGUCAAAAAAUACAAGUGUAAUCUUGCAUGUUCAUGAAAUAUUUCAUAAAGCUUCCUAAGCGGGAUAUAUUAAGCUGAUAUUUUUGUGGAUGGAGUUGUUUAUUUGAUGUUUCUGAGGUCAAACUUGAUAUAGCUUAGUUUUCGAUUUCAAUAAUUGAGAUGCGUAAAAGAUUCGUUUCUACCUGUAGUAGUUUGGCAGUUGUUUAACCAUGAGUACGGUCUCUAUAAUCUAAGCCCUCCUUUCAACACAACGGUCACCAAGAUCUAACGUUGAAAAUUGCUGUUUCAUUGGAAUAAGGUUUUAUUUACUCAUGGCUAGACUAAACGUCGUUGUGUAAGCGUAUUUACUGUAUAAGUACGUUCUACCUCAAAACUUUCCAAAUUACGUUAUCCCAUGAAAUCGCUUUACCCGGACCAUUCUUCACAUUUCAACAUAAGACCUAAGCUUACAAAUAUUUUGUCAAUAGAUUUUGAUUGCAAUAUAAUCCGAAAAGUAACAUUAUAUUUCGCCUGUAAAAAACCAUCAGCUUUUAUAUUUGCAUAUUUAAAGAAUACAAAACAAUUCUCGUUCAGAAUAUGCAGUUGCGUUCGAUCAAUACCUUGAACCUUGAUUUUUGUAUUGUCGUGCCAUUGAUGAGGCCGCCAUUGAUGUAAAUUUCACUCGCACAUCGUGUACAAGUCUUGUCAAUUUUUUAUGGCUGUUGUUUUGUUUUGAAAAUUUUUGGAGGCUAGUUGUUUUUACAUAGAUGUGUUAUUCAAAGUCUUUUUAUAAACCAGCCCCUUCGAGAAGACAGGUUUUUGGAAAUGAGAAUUUGACGGAAUCAUAUCGAUACGUGGUUGAUUGUUGAAAGCGCAGUGGCGAAGUGUGACUUACAUUUGGAUCACUAUUGUGGUUAGAAAUUUUUCGUUUUGGGUCCUUAGUCACUCGAUGAAGCGAAUUCAAUUCGAUAACCAACUUAAUUGCAGAUUCUUUGAAUUUUAUCCUGAUAAUUAUAUGUUUCAUUCUUGAUUCUUGUCUGGUCUGCAAUCGCUGUUGGAGAAGGAAGUGCAAAUAUGACUCUCNUAAUCUAAGCCCUCCUUUCAACACAACGGUCACCAAGAUCUAACGUUGAAAAUUGCUGUUUCACUGGAAUAAGGUUUUAUUUACUCAUGGCUAGACUAAACGUCGUUGUGUAAGCUUAUUUACUGUAUAAGUACGUUCUACCUAAAAACUUCCCAAAUUACGUUAUCCCAUGAAAUCGCUUUACCCAGACCAUUCUUCACAUUUCAACAUAAGACUUAAGCUUACAAAUAUUUUGUCAAUAGAUUUUGAUUGCAAUAUAAUCCGAAAAGUAACAUUAUAUUUCGCCUGUAAAAAACCAUCAGCUUUUAUAUUUGCAUAUUUAAAGAAUACAAAACAAUUCUCGUUCAGAAUAUGCAGUUGCGUUCGAUCAAUACCUUGAACCUUGAUUUUUGUAUUGUCGUGCCAUUGAUGAGGCCGCCAUUGAUGUAAAUUUCACUCGCACAUCGUGUACAAGUCUUGUCAAUUUUUUAUGGCUGUUGUUUUGUUUUGAAAAUUUUUGGAGGCUAGUUGUUUUUACAUAGAUGUGUUAUUCAAAGUCUUUUUAUAAACCAGCCCCUUCGAGAAGACAGGUUUUUGGAAAUGAGAAUUUGACGGAAUCAUAUCGAUACGUGGUUGAUUGUUGAAAGCGCAGUGGCGAAGUGUGACUUACAUUUGGAUCACUAUUGUGGUUAGAAAUUUUUCGUUUUGGGUCCUUAGUCACUCGAUGAAGCGAAUUCAAUUCGAUAACCAACUUAAUUGCAGAUUCUUUGAAUUUUAUCCUGAUAAUUAUAUGUUUCAUUCUUGAUUCUUGUCUGGUCUGCAAUCGCUGUUGGAGAAGGAAGUGCAAAUAUGACUCUCGGGACUUUAGUAGUUCUAAGGUCUGAACAGAUGUAGACUGAUUUAUGAUCUUUUUGCUAGCUUUUUUACACCCACGAGUCAAUGGUAAAGGUAGUUUACAUGUUUGGAACAAACCGCGUACAUUAGGUUGCAAGUUUCAUGUUUGUUUCAACUCAUAAUUGAAUUUAGGCACCUUCUUUUGUCAGAAAACGAUAGAAAUCUUGUACAAGUAAAAACAACUAUCGCCACAGGGGAGCAUACGCUUUCUUUAUAUUUCCAAAGCACUGAUUUUGUGUUUCUUUAUGAAACAAUGGGUUAGCAUGUAUUAAUUUUUCACAAAAUUUUUAUCACGGCUUACCAGUAAGUUUCAAAAGGUUUCUCUCUUUAUUGAAACAAAUUUGACUGAGGUCAUUUCCAGAAUUCUCAAAAAGUGGAAUUUAAAAUUCCACUUUUUUGGAAUUUAAAAUUCCACUUUUUUGUGGUUGCAAUAUAGUGCAAAGUAAACACGGAAAAGGACUGAUUCUUCAUGUGAUAUUUUGUCUGAGGUAUGCACAUAAGUAGCCACAAAUCUUAAUUUUAAUUUUUUCUCACCCUUGAUUGAAAAUUGAAUCUGUUUAUUUUGUUAUAUCAUACCAACGUCUUCCCAGUUAUAUCAUACUUGUUUUUUUUUUUGCAUUUCAAGCAAUUUGUGUAAAUAUAUGAAGGUGAAUAUGAAGAAACUGAACAACAAUGUUCCAAGAACUUGGUUAUUGUCCUUGCAUACACCAACAAAUUUUCUUAGUGCUCUAAGCAAUUUCCAAGCAUUGUUUUCUGUCACGUAUUUCAAGAUGAAAGCCUUGAUCACAACCAUCAUAAUAGUGUAUAGGUCUGUGACCCUUUUAAAACUGUCUCAGAAUUGGAAGGACUGAUGACAUCUGUCAACUUUGCUUAGUAUGUGAUAUUUAAGAACAAUCAUCUGUGGCUUUUUUUGGCUCAAGAGAUGUUUAUAAUGUUGUGACACACAGACCACACUGUGUGAUUAUAAAUUGUCUCUGAUCUUUUCCAGCUUGUUUGGUUGUUUAAGUGUUUUGUGGUUGGUAAGCAUUUUAGCCUCUGUCAUCAUUCCUAGCCAUGGGGCUUUGUAUGGAGAUGAGAGUUCAUUUUUUUCAGUUAGUCCAUGCUUUUCCAACUAGAAGUGACAAGAGGCAGCAGAUGUAUUCUUAGGCAAAGAAGGGCCAUGAUAACUAUUGUGUGUAGAGUUACUUCAGCCACUAGGCUUAAUUUAGACAUUUUAAGAACAGAAAGAUGAUCUGCAAUCCUAAAGGAUAUCAGCAGAGGCUAAGUUUCUCUCUAUUUUGGGUAAACUUGACAAUUAUUGCCAUGGAAACCAUUGCUCUGCUACAUUUUGUUAGUUUUUUGUCAUCAUUGCACCCUUUUUUGCCAAUUUUUAGACCUAAUGACUGCUUGUUUUUGAUUUUUUUUAAUGGGCAAACUGGUAACCAAAACUCAGUAUUGGUAAAUUUCACUCAGGAAUCACUUUUUACCACUUCCACAAACCAGUCAUAGUUGCUGUGAAUUGACCAUGAAAGCCUGAAACAGGAGUCAAAGAUGGGUUUGAAGAAAUGGAACAUGAAUUUCUGUGAAGAAUGUUCUGACUAGGAAAACAGGAGUAACUUCUCGGACACUCUGUUACUUCCGGAAACUUUCCACUGUAAUGACCUGAAAAGUCUUGUUCUAUUUACUUUCCAACUGGAAUUUCAGGAAACUUUUUGAAAAUGAUGAACCACUAGUUUAUUAGCAACCACACUUGCAACCUGUCACUUGACUCACUACAUUAGUUUUAUUCUGAUAGUUAGAUUGCUAAAAAUAGGAGCAACUAAAAUGUAAGAUGCAGAUUCUGAUCUUCCAAAAAAGAAUCUACACAUUUCUCUUCAAAUUCCAUGUUGACUGGAACUAUGGAUGACCCCUUUGACACUUAAUGUAUUUUAAUUUUAUCAUCAUCUUUUUGUAGUGUGUAAUCAUUUAUGAGCCAUGUGCCAGCCACUACUCUGAAGAAGUCAAAAGUUGAGACCCUAACCACUUAAAGUGUAAACUGCUGAUAAAAUGCUUAAUUCCUGCUUUACUUAUGGUCACCCAGAUCAAUUGUACAGGGUGGAUUAAUACAACCAUCACAAUUUCUGUAGGAACGUCUUAUCAUUAAAUUUUUGGAAUUAGUUUUUGUUUCCUUAUGGGACAUUGCGAUAAAAAUGUGUACUAAUUUUGAUUAGUUACCUCAUUGCUACUUAAUUUCGUGGGUACUUAUUUUCAUGAUUUUGGCAAUACAGUAUUUCACAGGGUUUUAUUUUCUCAAUUUAAUUUAAAUAUAGAAAAAGUGAAAGAGGGCAUUAAAUUUUGCAGGUUAAGUGUUUUAAUUUUAAAGUUUUGUGGAUAAACUGGAACAAGCAAAAUGCAUUUAAUUUUUUUUGUACAAAUCAAGUGAUUCAGAUGAACCUGAUAGCUAAAUUCCCUACUUGAUAUGUGAAAUCUUUGCACUGAAUUUAAUGAUAUUUCACAACAGAAGAUAUAGAAUAGAGUUGAAAGUAUAAUCAUAACUAUAACAAAAUUCUUAAAUCUGAUUGGCUAUCAACUGCCCUGAUUUCAGCCUUAAUAGGACAGUUAAAUAGGACAGUACGCGUCAUGCCUAAGUAACUGGACAGUACACGCCAUCACGCGCGUGCUUAAAUGGCUUUUUUUUUCACUAGUAGCAAAAAAAUCUCGGAAUUUCUUGUGCUUUGAUUAAAAAAAAGAGCAUAAUAUAUCACAAAUUUUGUUAAAGUUAUGAUUAAUUGGUAACAGAACUUCGUGUCGUCCGAUUCGGUCUGUAAUCAUACUCGUGAUUAAACAAAUCGGUUUGUUAAUCACUCGUAUGAUUACAGACCGAAUUGGACUCCACUCAGUCCUGUUACCAUUACAAAUCAGUCAAUACUAUGUUGGUAGUUGUCGAUACAUAUCCUGUAUUAAGUAUAUGUUGUUUUUUUAAAUUAAUCAUCUUUUCUCUCUGAUUUGAAAUUUCUGUAUGGGUAUUCAAUUUUGCGAGGAUUAUUAUUUACAAAAAACAUGGAAUUGAAGACCAAUGGUGAAUGAAUUGACAGUGGGUAAUUAGGAAGUUGUUUGCUUUCUGCUCUAAUCUUCAUGGCUGUUCCUUUUUCCUGUUCUUCUUAUCUCACAUUCCUUCUGUUAGUGGUGUGGUAUUUUGUUAAAGAAAGAUAAGAACUACUACAACAUGUACAUAUAUAUUUCAACUCUAGUGGGACAAAUGUUCUGCAUAACAAAACAAGGCGAGUUAAAAAAAGAAAUGUAAAACCGUCCUUCCCAAUCAUUUGUUAAACUAAUCAUAAGGUUACUACGGUGGCCACAUGUCAUGUCAUAACUCACCAUUUCACCCCUAGACUCAGUGAUGAGAUAUAAAAAAUUUUGUUCCAGUUUUUCAGUCUGUUGUUGAAAUCCUAUGAUCUGAUCACAGCUAUCCAAUUGACUACCAUUGAGUAAUAACCAUUAUUAACAAUUAAUAAUAUUCACGAUAAGGUGAUUCUCCAUAUUAAAAUUUUUGACUUUGGGUUAAAUGUAUUCAGACUACCUGUGUAGACUGCAUUUAAGAGGGGUAAAGGUUAACAACUUUUUCACAGGUUUAUGUAAUUAUUCCUAUAAUGUGCUGCUUUGAAAAGAAAUCAACUACAUGGAUCGCUUUUAACACUGAUAGCAGCACUGAUAGCCUUGUGUCUCUAAUAUUGUUGUCAGCUUCUUAAACCUGUUUUUUGGAUACCUAAUUGGCAGUUAAUUUUUUUUGAUAACCUACAUAUCAAUCCUCACUGGUGGGACCCUUGCUUGUAUAAAGGACCAUUUUGCAGAAAAUCGUGGAAGAAAUCAUGGUGUCUGUUUAAUUCAGUUACUGAGUGGUAAUAUUGAUGAUUCCCGUAUUAAGGUGUAACAAGGAAUUAGGAAAAUCAAAUCAUCAUUCAGGGCUGUUACCAAGAUUUCAAGUUGCAGGGUAAAUACAACGAGUAGCCAGGGAAUCAAACAGCUAAGGAUUUCUUUUGGUUGUAUUUUUCUUCCAUUUUCCUAUGAACUUUCAUGGUAGCUGGGGGAAAUCCCUGGCCCCUGCCUCUUAGUGACAGCCCUGAUCAGAAAAAUGAUCACUCAACUUGGUGAUGGCGAUCAGUAAUUCAUUAUAAAGUUAUUACAUUUUAUUGACACAUUUGUUUUUUUUUUUUUUGAAUAUUAUUUUGCUCAAGACGUUUUCAAAGAGAAUUAAAUAAUGGCUGAAUGACUGACUAAGGUUUUUUAUGUAGUAGAAUCUAUUGUUGUUUAAACCUCCUGGGAAAAUUGUAAAAAUCAGGGAUAACGACAGUAUCACUUUUUGAAUUGGCUGAGGAAGGGAAAAUUACUUUUGGUGUGAACAAUUAAGGGCAUGUACUACCAUGGAUAUGUAUCUUUGUUGUUAAAAUAAUGUGAACUAAAAUACUUUCAGCACAAAUUUAAAAGGUACUCAAAUGAACUUAACACUGAUAAAAAAGUUUUAAAAAAAUACGGUAGUUAAAAAAUAAUAAAAAUACAGUAAUAUAAAAAAUUAACACACAUUGUAAAAAUUUAUUAAUACCAAGAGUGACGCUACUUCCUGUCAUAGAGUCUCAUCAUCUAUUUUGUCAAUAUGAGUUAUACAAUUUUAUUCACAAAUUCAUUUAAUUUUCCUGAAUAUUUUCACCAUCAAGGAAGCCAAUGGUAUCCUUUUUAUGUUUUUUAUUUUUAUUUUGAUAAAUUAUCAAGAUGUCUCAUGUGAAAUUGCCAAGAGUAACCCCCUGGUUUUUGCACUAAGAAAUAAUCUGCGGUAAUACGCCUUGAAAUGUUUUCUUUACCAAGUGGAAACUUGAUCUUGGAAACAUAUCAUAAACGAUUACAUCUUGGUCAGCAGUUCUUUUUUUUUCACCCACUCAAUUUUUUUUUAACAAAAAAAAAACAAUGCAAAAAAAUACAUUACGCUUAUGUUUCUGAUUAAGAUUAAAAGUUGUUUGGACAUAAAAUAUUUAAAAGAAUGCAAAUGCCUUAUGCCAUCAGUCAUUUUAUAUUGAUUUUAAACAUUUGAAAAAAAGAAAGCAUGAGGUUUCAAUCAAUAAUAAAUGACCUCAAACUUGUGGUAAUAGUAAGACUGUUCCCAUUUCUGACUUUUUAUUUAUUAACUAUUAACACAGUAUACAAUUCUAGUCUCUAAAGAGGGCAGCAUUCCUCAACUUUAAAUAUCGACUUUCAAAUUUAAGUCUGAACGAAUACUCUGACAAGAUCAAAAUAGAUAGCAAAGCAUUUAAUGAUAGCCACACUGUCUGAUUGGUUUUUGUUUCCUUUUCUGAAAUGAAAGGUUUAAAAGCAUCUUAGUAUAAAUAAUUUUAAAACAAAUUUUCCUUAAUUGGUUACUAGACAAUGUCACAAGAAAUAAUAAUAAAUCAUAAUUUUUUUGCAAUUUUAAUCACUUCAAUUAAAACUGUUCCUUUAUUGUUCAGUACUUGUAUUAUUUAGAAGCUUUCAAGAAUGAAGCAUCAAACAUGUCACAUCACAUGGCAUCCUCAGAAAUAGCUUUGCCAUUGUUGCUGAGAGAAGAGGACAAAAAAACUCUUAGUUUGACAUCAAUCUACAAUAGCUCCCUAGACUUUGGUCUCUGUGCAUUUGUCAUAAUUCACUUGACAUUUAUUUUCAAGCCUGAAUAAUUUUAUAAUCCUAUGUUCAGUCAAAGAGCAUGCCACGGAUAAAUUGCAAGAUGAUCACUGUUUGAUAUUACCUUUUUCUGUUCUAGACACAGCCACUACUGUCAGUGACUCCGAAGCAAAAGGCCAUGGGCGUAGGCCAAGAAGGCGAACCACAGGAGGGUCAGAUAUGGGGGACGAUGUGGAGAAGGCAAAGAGGUCACAACAAGAGCAGGGUCAUUCCAGCGAGCAGGACACUCAUGCUACGCAGACACUGUCACGGCAGGAGAUUAUCUCCAUGGUGAAGAAACGGUUUGGGUUGAAACCUGGUGGAGAGAUUGAAAAAAAACCAAAUGGAAUCCAAGAGGAUACACCAGUAAGAAUUUAGUUAUUUUCUGUAGUAACUAAAGGAAUCUUUCAUUUUUGGUGCCACUGGAAAAAUGAGAGCAGCAGAAAUAUUCUGUUUUACUCAUUACCAUAAAAUAUUGUUUUGUCUUUUAGACAAGACUCUGCUAUAACAUCGCCUCACUUUAUUCAAUGUUUUGGUAGCAUAUUUACUAGAAAGUAAUAUUAUUUUGAACCCUAACCAAAUAUACCAUGGGUGGCUUGAAAAUAGGAUCAGUAUUAAAGAAGGAAAGAAGGCAGCAGUCUCUCCCGCUAGAUGGGGUUUCCUUAAAGCUGGCUAAAUAAAUAUUUGCUAGAUUUUAGGACUUAAGGCAUUAUGUUUUUUAUGUGAUGGGCUUGAGCUUUUUUUCUAUGAUAGUCCUUAUGGUCAAAUUAAAUGUAACAGUAGGAGAAUUUUGUCUGCUUACAACUAAACAAAAACUAUAACUUAGAAUUUAAAAUGCAGUACACUCUAGGUUGCCUUAAAAAACAAGUACAAACAUUUUCUCUUCCUUACUCUUUUGAAGUAUAGUUUUCUCAAUCAUUACCAUUGCACUUGAAUUUUAAUCUUGUCCUAGAAAUGUAGCCCCAGCCUUGUCAACAUUAUUUUAGCUGUUAUAAGUAAAAUGCAGAAAAUGUUUAGGUUUAGGUUCAAGGUACAAAUACUACUGGUUAAUAAAUAAAGUAGGUGAUUUAUUAUCAAGAACUUGCUCUUGUAAUUUUUUUAUGUUAAAGAGGAGAUCAGUAUUUCUGAUCCAUUUGUUGACAUAAGACAAAAAUCUGUGAAUGAAAUUUAUCCCUUUAAUUCUCAGGUUAAGUUACCUCACUGUGGCUACCGGUAUUAUUGUUCCUGAUUCCUAGCUUUUGCCAGUUUGGGUUACCCUUCUUUAAAAAUAGUGUGGAACCUAGAAAUCUCAAUUUUUUUAACGCAGGUUUUUCUAUUACAGAACUGAAUUUAAAAAAUAGGAGAAGAUAAACCAGCACCACAGGAAAGAACUGGCCCUCACAUAUAAACCACAUAUUGAGAUUUAUGUCCAAGGGUCAGGAAGGAAGCUCCACAAAAAAAAUUUAAAAAUUGAAAAUUUGAGAACAUGAUCACAAAUUAGUGAAUAGCUGCUUGAAAGUUAUAACCCUCCCUUAUCUUGAUUUUUUACUUCAGAGUGUCUUAGUUUUGCAUGGAGUUAAUAAUAUUUUAAUCCCCUUUUUUAUUUUGACUGAUGAAAGUAAUCUCUUGCAUGUGAACACCUUCUAUGGAUUUCACAGUGGUAAAUAGCUGCCCUGAACGGGCCAUUCCAUGGUGUGAUAAGCUCUGCACUGCAUGGGAAGGUAUAAGUUAGUGAUGGUGACAUGCAAAUUUCUACAUUUCAAUUUGAAAUCUGCAAAGGCUGCUGAAACAGUUGACUAUUUGACUUCUCUGUAAUGGCAUAUAGAGUAACAAUACAGAUGUAUAAGAUUAGGGUACGUUCUUUGCGUAAGUUGUAUUAUUAUUAACUCAAGAUUGUUGAAUGAGCAUUUAUCUGUGGACUAGAUUUCACUACUGACAAAAAGCUGUUUGACAAUGAAAUUCUGUUUGGGGUUGAUUUGAACUUAAAAGGGUAAUGCUUAACUUGAAUUUUUCUCAUUUGUUGAUUUGCAGACAUUAGGAAAAGAAAUAAUCAUCUUUCAGCAGUGCAAAAGAGUUGAUCACAAAGCUUUUUCCAUAAUGUUCUGUCUAGGACCAGGAAAGAAAUGUUUCAGAGUCUUCAAAUAAUAAUUAUUUAAGGUCUACUUAAGUUGUCUCUUUCUCUGGUUGACAGAAUAAUUUAUUGUAACCCUAUAUUCACAGUCUUUGCUGAUAAACAUUUAUACGUUAACAUGUUUUCUUCACUUUCUGGUUGUUGGCACCUUUUACUGUAUGUUGUAAUAGAUGCCAUGCUGCCUCAGGUGAAAUCUGUCAGAACUGAUUCCUCUGAAUGUUUUUGUAUCAAUUUCUCUUUUUUAAAGAACUUUUGUUCCUGUCAUGUUUACCUUUGAGUUAUCACUUUUUAUUUUUUCUUUUUGAUAUUUCCCCAGCCAGCUAUUCCACCACGUCCUGUGACAUCAUCUCCCAAACAGCAAAGAUAUGAGCUGUUGUUGGACAAACCAGGGACCUACCCAACAAUGCCACGAAAAGAAGAGAACCAUGUACCACACUCUAACUCAACUCCAGGUAAUAAAUGUUAAUGUUCAAUGGUGUACAGAAAAAAACAAGAUAAAACAUGCCUCCUUGCCAAACAUCAGCAUGUUAGUACAAAUUGGCAGUGAGAUACUGUGAUAAUUUAAUGUCUGUAUGUAAUAUUUACUUUGUUAUGCUCUGAUGACUUCAUCCCAUUCCUUCUAAAAUUGACCUGGAUCACAAUGUUUAUAACAAGCACUUUCUGCAAUCAUUUCCAUGAUUAAAGUAGGGAAGGGGUCGAGAUGGGUGUCAACUCCAGUCUCACAUUCACUCAAACUAUGAAAUGGCAUAUUACAUGAAGUUAAGUGAAAUUCAACGCAGUUAACACCAAGGAGGACAGUCUCAUUUGUUGGUCAGGAGGCAGUGUGGUGGUGUAAGAUCUGUCAGCCUCACUUGCAUUAGCUAGGGGCUAGCUUUGCCAAAAGUAGAAACCCCUGAACAUCCCAGACUCCCUCUUCGACUUAGCGACGCAGUUGUCAACUUUUCCGUGUCAAGUGCAUUGAUAAUGAUGUCAAAUGAUUCACUCAGUCUUAUUUACAACCAGUUAUUCAACAUAGCUCUCUUUUUAAUUAUUUUUUACCAUUUUUUUCCAGGGGUCGUAUAUUUACAGUAUGGGGAUGAGAUCAAACGUGCUAUGUUACCAGCAGGCCUGCAAGACAUGUCACAAGUACAAACAUUGUUUGCACAAACAUUCCCAGACAAGGUUAAGAGAAGUGGAGACAACCGUAAAACGAUCUACAUCAAGGACAAUUCCUGUGGAGUCUUUUAUGAACUGGACAGUGUUGGGUAAUUAUCUGUUCCCUUGUACCUUUUUUACAGUUAAGCCAAGUCAAGCGUACUCCCCAGGAUUCCAUUGAUGAAUUUAUUGUUUAUUUGAAUGAUAAAUCCAUCAUUCAUUCAUUGCCGCAACCAAUCAAAUUUAAAUGCGCAUUCCUGCAUGUGUAAUAAGCAGUGAAUUUUUUGCUUUAACGUGUCUGUAUUCUGUCUGAUUGAAAAAUCUUUGAAUGGAUAAAACUGCUUUGAGGACAUUUACAAGAAAAUGGGCGGUGGUCAUGCUCAUAGUAGCCAGGGGGAAUCCCCAGUGCCUGGCCCUNAGUUGUCAACUUUUCCGUGUCAAGUGCAUUGAUAAUGAUGUCAAGUGAUUCACUCAGUCUUAUUUACAACCAGUUAUUCAACAUAGCUCUCUUUUUAAUUAUUUUUUACCAUUUUUUUCCAGGGGUCGUAUAUUUACAGUAUGGGGAUGAGAUCAAACGUGCUAUGUUACCAGCAGGCCUGCAAGAUAUGUCACAAGUACAAACAUUGUUUGCGCAAACAUUCCCAGACAAGGUUAAGAGAAGUGGAGACAACCGUAAAACGAUCUACAUCAAGGACAAUUCCUGUGGAGUCUUUUAUGAACUGGACAGUGUUGGGUAAUUAUCUGUUCCCUUGUACCUUUUUUACAGUUAAGCCAAGUCAAGCAUACUCCCCAGGAUUCCAUUGAUGAAUUGUUUAUUUGAAUGAUAAAUCCAUCAUUCAUUAAUUGCCGCAACCAAUCAAAUUUAAAUCCGCAUUCCUACAUGUAGAAGAAGCAGUGAAUUUUGUGCUUUAACCUGUCUGUAUUCUGUCUGAUUGAAAAAUCUUUGAAUGGAUAAAACUGCUUUGAGGACAUUUACAAGAAAAUGGGCGGUGGUCAUGCUCAUAGUAGCCAGGGGGGGAAUCCCCAGCGCCUGGCCCUUAGUGACGGCCCUGUUCCUUACUCUAUAGCAUGGUUCACUCAGGUCUUGAAAAGUCCUUGAAAAAGCAUCAUAUCCUUGAAAAGUCCUUGAAAAAUGAAAAAUUGUGCGAUAUCCUUAAAAAUUCCUUGAAUUUUCCACAGAAGUCCUUGAAUAUUUUUCAAAGCUCCUUGAAUAAAAAUAAUGUUUGUUAAAAAUAUAAUGUUUUGUGCAAAGGAAUGAUUGAAUGCACAGCAAUACACAAAUUUUCUUGGUGACCAUGCAUGAGGAAAAGUGUUUUCUUCCCGGCAUACUUCAUUUUCUGUUAUUUGAAGUACCUUAGGAACCGUGCCUUAAUGAAGGAAGGUAUUGCAAUAAGUGAACCCCCCACCACCUCCACUUCAUGUUAUUGGGCAAAAGAAGUCCUUGAAAAAAUAAUGUUAGUCCUUGAAAAGUCCUUGAACCAUGUACACGAGCACUUUCUGUACUUAGUAAUGACUUCAGUCAAGAAUUUCAAGACCUAAAACAGCAAUAUCAUAGUGGCAUAGCCUCUCUAAAGUUUUGUCUUUGUCUUUCUGUAGUACUACCUGCCUUGUUCCUUUCUUUUUCAGUGACUUGUCAAACAAAUCACAUCUUAAGGUCCUGGAGUCCCGACCAUUCCAGAACGGCCCAGUCUCACAUCCUGUAAGCAGCCCCACAGCGGUCCACACAGGUGCUCAAGUAACAAGCACACCCCUCCCCAACCACAGUUUUGUCCCCCCUGCUAAUGCCAUUCACAGUGGUGGUGGCAACAUCAAGUAUAGUCGCACAACCACAGUAACACGACAAUCUAGUGGAGGCCCAAGAAUAACGACGGUAACAAGAGUGGUAAAUAAUGGUGAAAAAGAAAAUUCGGCAACACACACUACAGCAUCCGAUCAGGAAGGGAUGUCCCUGAUGGACAAAAAGAAAGUUCCACUUCCGGGACUUGGUACAACGUUAAACCCAAGAAGGUAUUGACAUAAUUAUUGUAGUGUUUUAUCUUAUAGUUUUCACAAAGUGAAAAUACUUUGAGGCAGCAUGACAUUAUUUGUUUCUAAUUAUUUGAGUAGAGUGCCUGUUAACUCUAGCUGGAUAAGCUAAGUGCACUUUCCACUAUAAACAAACCUUUAACCUCUACCCUUUGUUAACCUUUUUAUGGCCGAGUGGUUAGAGUGCUAGACUUGUAAUCUGGAGGCUCAGAAUUCAAAUCCCCCCAUUACCGCUUGAGCUGGAUUUGUUUUUGGUUGUCCUGCAUUCAUAUCCUCAGCCGCGCUUGUAAAAUGAUCAACUGGCUCACCCCCUACCAGUUAAGAUUCUUAACCUAAUUGAACAAUAUAUGCAUUUGUUUUAUUAUCCCUGAAAAGCUUCGUAAGGGGAGAGGAUGAUUAACUAUUUAUAACUUUUAUUAUUAUUACUAUCACUAUCGUAUUAGGGCCUCAUGGGAGGUACUAUAUUUAGGAAUGUUUGGGUGCCACUGAGACCCCGGAAGCCUUUAAUAAGACGUUACCAGACCGAGCUAGUUUGGCUUAAUGUUGUCACCCUAAACUAGAAUAAACCUCCAAAAUCUCUCUGUAUCCUAGAGUCGCCAUUUUUCAGAAAUUUCUAAGGUCGACACUUUCUUAGCUGUUAAACUGAGUUGUAAUUUUAUAUUUUUGAGUGUCAAUUCUCAGUUUCCCCAUUUAAUUGUAGACUAAAAUCUUCAAGUUUCAAGUCGCGACCAUUUUAGUCGCCAUGGCGUCUAAAAUUUUGAAGCUGGCGACUUGAUUUGUAAAAAAGUCUCCCUAAACCAAAAGAAUUGGUCACCAAAUCCAAGCAAAAACUUUAACUUGAAGGUUUGAUGACAUUCCCUCCUACCCCGCGUAUUUGGGUUUUUGCAAAUGAACAGAAGUCAGGAUCUCUCAUGCAGAAGGCUAUGCACAAUUUUGAAUUAUAAUAUAUUUAUUUGGUUAUUUGACUUAUUUACUUUUAUUCAACUUAUGCAUAUGUACAUAUAUGUAUAUAUAUAUUUUAUUUUAGCUUUUAUUACAGUUGAUGUGAUGUCUUACAAGAUUUUAUCAACUUAAUGAUAGAUGUAGAUGUAGAUGCACAAACCAAAUGUGCUAAUCAUUACUCCUAACUUGAAGUAUCUCACCUCCAUUUCAGACCGUCUCGUGACCCAGUCGAGGAUCAACUUGACAGUCUUACCAACAUGCUACAAGAUGCACUCAAAACAGGCAGCUAUGAAAGUUUACCCAGUAAAAGCACAGAAGAAAGCCCAUCCAGCUCUCAGGGCAGUUUUAUUGAUCAUGGUCCCACUGCAGAAGGUAAUGAACCAACUCAGUUGCAGAUGUUUAGGUCGCGGGUCAGAAGCGAUUCAGGAAACGAGUCCCUGUUGUCUGAUGUUAGCCCAACUCCGUCAGUAGAAGGUACACUGCUGUCUGUUUUAGUAACAACGUGGAAGAGACUUCUGCUUUAAACUGCAAAUUUUUGCUCAAUGAAAUCUUGCUUUAAAACUGACUUACUGCUUAAGUUGUGCCUUUGCUUGCUAUUAUUAAUAGAAAGAAUAGGUCCAGUAGAGAUCAGAAUCAUCACUUCUCUUGCAUGUGCCUACAGGUUUUAAGCAGAUGGGCAGUGGAAGAAUGUCAAAUUAAAUACUGAAUAUCAGUGUUUGCCAAGUCAUGAACUGGAUCAUUAUUUCAGUGAUUUCUGAGUGCAAGGUCAACAGAAAGCAAAAGCCUACAAAUGCAGACUUAGUGUAACUUUUUUUGGCUCUUGGAAAGUAAUGGUACCUAGAUAAACACCCAAUGCUUUUUCAUCAUGACUGUCUGUGCUUAAAUCUUAUACAGUGGUCUACUGCAUAGUGCAUAUUGUCAUCUCUUAUCUGAGACAGAGUUUGAUUAUGUUGCUCAGUUUUAUUACACCACUCCACAGGUAAACCUAAACACAUUCCCGCCCCUCCCCCCAGAGCAUCUAGUCAUACAGUAUCCAGAGAGUCAUCUAUAAAAUACAGUCAGACCCUACAACGAGAUUCUCCCAGAGGAGCAAAACGAGACAUCAGUCAGCAGUACCACACACAAACACUUCCAUUGCCAUCAUCAAAGCCAAAGCGAUCAUUAACAGACAGCCCAACACCUUUGUCAUCGAGUAGUUCCUCUACUUCUGGAAGCCAUGCUUCUGUCAAAUAUGAAGGUUUGUUCAUAUGAUGUUUGGAUUGUGUAGAAGGCAGUGUUUGGUCUGAUUUGGAAAAGCUGGUUCUGAUUCGUUUCUAUGCAAUCAUUGUUGUUUUUGGUGGUCCAAGCCACCAUUUGUUGGUGAAUAAAUCUUGAAAAAUAUACGGCGAUGGCUACAAAAUUGUUACUUAAAAAGUGAAUUUGUGCUGCCUCAAAGUUUAUCGCACUUAUUCCAUCUCGUACAAUUGGUCAAAUGUUGGUGAAUUUUUCUGGAGCUGAAUUCUAAAGGACUGUAUCAAAAAGUUCAGGAAAAGAAAAGGAAAGUUGUUGUCUUGUGUUCCUGUCCUUGACAAAAUGUGAAAUUAGUACUGUUGUAGUAUUAGUUUUCAUCUCUGCAUUCCUGUGUGCACAAUAAGCAGUGAAUUCACACGCAAAGUAGUUACGAAGCUCAGAUUUUGUGAUCAUGAAUUCUGAUGUAAAUGUCUUCAAAGUAUCAUUUUGUCCAUUUAAUGAAAUUUCAACUGCACCAAAUACAGAGAAGUUAUCGUAAAAAUUCACUGGUCUUUAUGCAUGCAGGAAUGGAGAUUUGAAUUUGACACUAGCUGCAGCAACAGUGAAAGGAUUCAACUUUUGAACAAUAAAAUUAAUUCAUUAAUGGAAUCCUGGAGAGUAUGCUUGACCAGGCGUGACUAUAAAAUCCUAUGGAUAUCAAUUGUACAUUGAAUCAAUACCAGCAGUUGCUACUUGCAUAUGUAGUCAUUAUUUUUGUCCCAGAACAACUAACAAUAAUCAUAUAUUACGCUUUAUUUUGUUGAAGGUAACAUGAAAGAGAGAAAGACGCUUGAGAUCCGAGCAUCCACACUGCGUGGGGAAAUGAGGAAGUUAAGAGCUGAACUUAACCAACUAAAGCAGUUUCAGACCUUUCAAGCAGAGCAAUUUGGAGAGAUGAUCAGAAAUGCUAAAGAGCAAAUAGUGCAUCACUUGACACGAACACAAAAUGGUAAGAAGAGUAGCUUGUACAUUGAACUUAGACACAUAAUAAAUAUGGAUUGAAAAGAAAAGUGGCACCCAAAAGGUGAAGAAGAUUGAUGCACACCUUUCUGGCUGGUGCUUAAUUUCCUCACGUACAUCGCUUAUCCUUGGCAACCCUUAUUUUUUUGUUCUUGCUAUGGAGGUUAUAACAAGAGUUAGCCCUUACUACUGAUUUAAUAUAACAUUAAAUCAAUGGUUAACUAGUGUUGGUAUAUAUAUUAUUAUUUUUAAUGAAUCUUAAGCUGUUAUAAAACAAAUGUAACAAAUUUACUUAAAAUAAACCAAAGGAACAUUUCACUCAUGUUACAGGCAAAUCAGGGGAGGGCAUUUGUCAUGAGUGUGCUAUAAUUAAUUUUAUUCUUCAACAGAAAUUAACCUAGAAACAGUGAUCUCAAAAUCUCCAGGAACUUUACUUUCUGAAAACAUUUUAAAGGACUGUCAAUAGAUAAGUUGCAUAUAUCUGAAAAUAUAGCUAUUAUUUCAAAGGUAAAAAAAUGCUGCAAUGUCAAACAAUGUCAUGCAAUGUCAAUAACAACAAACACACCGUCUCACUUACACAAGGAACCUGAAUUGAUAUUGUUAUUGGAAAUAAUUUAUUGUGCACGCAACCUACAGAUUAGUCAGUUAUCUGCUAGCAGAUAAGUAACUAAUCUGUAGGUUACACUGAUUUCCAAAAUUAGCAGUAGGCUCUUAGCCAAUGAGAACACAGAUAGUAAGUACAACGUAUGAUAAUUCAAAUUAAUGUGCUGUAAUUCUUUUGUUAUUUAAUAAUGUGAAAAUCAGCAUGAGCUGUUUAUCUGCAAUCCCACACCUGAGUGUGUAAUGACUGGAUAUGAUUUCCAAACUGCCCCUGUGUCUCCUUUGUUUUCACCUCAUGAAAUGUUGAUGAGUUUUAAGAAAGAGUUUUUGGAGGUCUGGGGAGUUUCUUCAUUUGCAUGCAGUGAUGAAUACAUGUAGAACUUCGCAGACCUGAUAUCACUUGAUUGAUGAUCAGGAAUGAAUCAUAAUCUUCUCUCUGAGCAUGCAUAACAUGAAAAUUUAUAUUAAUAUCUAACACCCAGUUGUAAACACCUUGGAUGGUGGGCAUGUGACUGUCAUAAUGAACACAAUGUUUUAACCUGAAAGUUUCCUAUUAUUAGUGGCUGUCAUGGCAACCAAAUCCAAGGCCAACUCUAUAUUUCCCAAUUGUUAGCCUGAGUAAACAGCUGACAUUUCAUGCUGCCACCACUGGCUUCUCUGUGAAAUGACGUUGCGAAAUGAAUGCAGAAAUUCCAUACUGAUCAUGCAACACUACCCAGAUCUGGUUUCCCACAUGGCAUGACCAAUCAGAAGCACUACCCAGUUGUAGGAAUUGGAGCGUCAUCAGUAUGGAAUUUCUGCACUUGUUUGUCAGUUGUCAUUUUGUGGGCAAACCAGUGGUGGCGUCGCGAAAGUUCGUUGUUUUCUCAGGCUACCCAAUUGUCUCUUUAUGCUUGGUUUGUUUGUUUUCCAUCUCAGGCCACAUGCCACCCUUUUUCCACUCCUUUCACAUUUCUCCCAGUGAUUUUCACCAGAAAGAAAAGAAAGAAAAAUUCUCUUGAGGGAAUCAUGUGGUUUGAAAUACAAAUUAAAAAUAUCGAUCACAAAAGGUCUCUUGAAGUUAGAGGUACUUGGAAAAGUCCCCAGGGUCUCAUUUACUGAUGCUGGAAUGUCCUUGGUUUCACAAGCAAGCACUUGUUGAUAGAGUGAUUUUAGUAUGACCUUGAAAUGGAAAUGCACAAACAAAACAGAAACAACAAACAAAGAGAAAUAGAGCGAAUUAAUUGGUUUAUUGAACGGAUACAAAUGCACUUGGCUUUUAAUUGGUUAAGUUUUUUGCUCAAUGAAAUCUUGCUUUAAAACUGACUUACUGCUUAAGUUGUGCCUUUGCUUGCUAUUAUUAAUAGAAAGAAUAGGUCCAGUAGAGAUCAGAAUCAUCACUUCUCUUGCAUGUGCCUACAGGUUUUAAGCAGAUGGGCAGUGGAAGAAUGUCAAAUUAAAUACUGAAUAUCAGUGUUUGCCAAGUCAUGAACUGGAUCAUUAUUUCAGUGAUUUCUGAGUGCAAGGUCAACAGAAAGCAAAAGCCUACAAAUGCAGACUUAGUGUAACUUUUUUUGGCUCUUGGAAAGUAAUGGUACCUAGAUAAACACCCAAUGCUUUUUCAUCAUGACUGUCUGUGCUUAAAUCUUAUACAGUGGUCUACUGCAUAGUGCAUAUUGUCAUCUCUUAUCUGAGACAGAGUUUGAUUAUGUUGCUCAGUUUUAUUACACCACUCCACAGGUAAACCUAAACACAUUCCCGCCCCUCCCCCCAGAGCAUCUAGUCAUACAGUAUCCAGAGAGUCAUCUAUAAAAUACAGUCAGACCCUACAACGAGAUUCUCCCAGAGGAGCAAAACGAGACAUCAGUCAGCAGUACCACACACAAACACUUCCAUUGCCAUCAUCAAAGCCAAAGCGAUCAUUAACAGACAGCCCAACACCUUUGUCAUCGAGUAGUUCCUCUACUUCUGGAAGCCAUGCUUCUGUCAAAUAUGAAGGUUUGUUCAUAUGAUGUUUGGAUUGUGUAGAAGGCAGUGUUUGGUCUGAUUUGGAAAAGCUGGUUCUGAUUCGUUUCUAUGCAAUCAUUGUUGUUUUUGGUGGUCCAAGCCACCAUUUGUUGGUGAAUAAAUCUUGAAAAAUAUACGGCGAUGGCUACAAAAUUGUUACUUAAAAAGUGAAUUUGUGCUGCCUCAAAGUUUAUCGCACUUAUUCCAUCUCGUACAAUUGGUCAAAUGUUGGUGAAUUUUUCUGGAGCUGAAUUCUAAAGGACUGUAUCAAAAAGUUCAGGAAAAGAAAAGGAAAGUUGUUGUCUUGUGUUCCUGUCCUUGACAAAAUGUGAAAUUAGUACUGUUGUAGUAUUAGUUUUCAUCUCUGCAUUCCUGUGUGCACAAUAAGCAGUGAAUUCACACGCAAAGUAGUUACGAAGCUCAGAUUUUGUGAUCAUGAAUUCUGAUGUAAAUGUCUUCAAAGUAUCAUUUUGUCCAUUUAAUGAAAUUUCAACUGCACCAAAUACAGAGAAGUUAUCGUAAAAAUUCACUGGUCUUUAUGCAUGCAGGAAUGGAGAUUUGAAUUUGACACUAGCUGCAGCAACAGUGAAAGGAUUCAACUUUUGAACAAUAAAAUUAAUUCAUUAAUGGAAUCCUGGAGAGUAUGCUUGACCAGGCGUGACUAUAAAAUCCUAUGGAUAUCAAUUGUACAUUGAAUCAAUACCAGCAGUUGCUACUUGCAUAUGUAGUCAUUAUUUUUGUCCCAGAACAACUAACAAUAAUCAUAUAUUACGCUUUAUUUUGUUGAAGGUAACAUGAAAGAGAGAAAGACGCUUGAGAUCCGAGCAUCCACACUGCGUGGGGAAAUGAGGAAGUUAAGAGCUGAACUUAACCAACUAAAGCAGUUUCAGACCUUUCAAGCAGAGCAAUUUGGAGAGAUGAUCAGAAAUGCUAAAGAGCAAAUAGUGCAUCACUUGACACGAACACAAAAUGGUAAGAAGAGUAGCUUGUACAUUGAACUUAGACACAUAAUAAAUAUGGAUUGAAAAGAAAAGUGGCACCCAAAAGGUGAAGAAGAUUGAUGCACACCUUUCUGGCUGGUGCUUAAUUUCCUCACGUACAUCGCUUAUCCUUGGCAACCCUUAUUUUUUUGUUCUUGCUAUGGAGGUUAUAACAAGAGUUAGCCCUUACUACUGAUUUAAUAUAACAUUAAAUCAAUGGUUAACUAGUGUUGGUAUAUAUAUUAUUAUUUUUAAUGAAUCUUAAGCUGUUAUAAAACAAAUGUAACAAAUUUACUUAAAAUAAACCAAAGGAACAUUUCACUCAUGUUACAGGCAAAUCAGGGGAGGGCAUUUGUCAUGAGUGUGCUAUAAUUUAUUCUUCAACAGAAAUUAACCUAGAAACAGUGAUCUCAAAAUCUCCUGGAACUUUACUUUCUGAAAACAUUUUAAAGGACUGUCAAUAGAUAAGUUACAUAUAUCUGAAAAUAUAGCUAUUAUUUCAAAGGUAAAAAAAAUGCUGUAGUGUCAAACAAUGUCAUGCAAUGUCAAUAACAACAAACACACCGUCUCACUUGCACAAGGAACCUGAAUUGAUAUUGUUAUUGGAAAUUAUUUAUUGUGCACGCAACCUACAGAUUAGUCAGUUAUCUGCUAGCAGAUAAGUAACUUAUCUGUAGGUUACACUGAUUUCCAAAAUUAGCUGUAGGCUCUUAGCCAAUGAGAACACAGAUAGUAAGUACAACAAAUGAUAAUUCAAAUUAAUGUGCUGUAAUUCUUUUGUUAUUUAAUAAUGUGAAAAUGAGCAUGAGCUGUUUCUCUGCAAUCCCACACCUGAGUGUGUAAUGACUGGAUAUGAUUUCCAAACUGCCGCUGUGUCUCCUUUGUUUUCACCUCAUGAAAUGUUGAUGAGUUUUAAGAAAGAGUUUUUGGAGGUCUGGGGAGUUUCUUCAUUUGCAUGCAGUGAUGAAUACAUGUAGAACUUCGCAGACCUGAUAUCACUUGAUUGAUGAUCAGGAAUGAAUCAUAAUCUUCUCUCUGAGCAUGCAUAACAUGAAAAUUUAUAUUAAUAUCUAACACCCAGUUGUAAACGCCUUGGAUGGUGGGCAUGUGACUGUCAUAAUGAACACAAUGUUUUAACCUGAAAGUUUCCUAUUAUUAGUGGCUGUCAUGGCAGCCAAAUCCAAGGCCAACUCUAUAUUUCCCAAUUGUUAGCCUGAGUAAACAGCUGACAUUUCAUGCUGCCACCACUGGCUUCUCUGUGAAAUGACGUUGCGAAAUGAAUGCAGAAAUUCCAUACUGAUCAUGCAACACUACCCAGAUCUGGUUUCCCACAUGGCAUGACCAAUCAGAAGCACUACCCAGUUGUAGGAAUUGGAGCGUCAUCAGUAUGGAAUUUCUGCACUUGUUUGUCAGUUGUCAUUUUGUGGGCAAACCAGUGGUGGCGUCGCGAAAGUCCGUUGUUUUCUCAGGCUACCCAAUUGUCUCUUUAUGCUUGGUUUGUUUGUUUUCCAUCUCAGGCCACAUGCCACCCUUUUUCCACUCCUUUCACAUUUCUCCCAGUGAUUUUCACCAGAAAGAAAAGAAAGAAAAAUUCUCUUGAGGGAAUCAUGUGGUUUGAAAUACAAAUUAAAAAUAUCGAUCACAAAAGGUCUCUUGAAGUUAGAGGUACUUGGAAAAGUCCCCAGGGUCUCAUUUACUGAUGCUGGAAUGUCCUUGGUUUCACAAGCAAGCACUUGUUGAUAGAGUGAUUUUAGUAUGACCUUGAAAUGGAAAUGCACAAACAAAACAGAAACAACAAACAAAGAGAAAUAGAGCGAAUUAAUUGGUUUAUUGAACGGAUACAAAUGCACUUGGCUUUUAAUUGGUUAAGGGAUCGCUUGGGUGGAAAACUUCAUGCCCGAGAACUUUCUAGAAAUCAACCAAUACUUUGCUUUGACAUCAUACGGCAACAUGAUUGGCCAAUUGAGCAAUGACUUGUCCAUGUUAGGGUUUUCUUUGGUGGGAAAACGCAGACGGCAUGUUUUGAUCCUUUCAUCAAUUGGCUAAUAAAACAAAUAACAAAACUUUAGAGCGGUUUUCACUUGACUGUCAUAAAACCAAAACCAAAGUAAAUACACUAGCCAACCAAAGGACGUAGUAAAACCAAAACCAAAACCAAAACCAAUCCCAAUUCGACAGUCAAGUGAAAACCACUCUAAUACCAAAACCUUUUUCCAAGGUCGUUCAAAAAUUGCUCUAACUGUUGUACAUUCAAACUUGUAUUAACCAGUCACCCUUGGGGAAUGGCUUACUGACCCCUUAAUAGAGGUUUGACAUACCUACAUAUGUAAGGGUAUUUAAGGAAAUGGAGAUCUGAGGUGAAAGAGGGAGAUAUCUAUCCAACACCUUUUUGGCCUUGACCUGUUUCUAUCUCCACGUGUACCAAAAGAAAAACAGUAAAUGACCACUAAACGCCUUGCAAAGUCUUUCUGUUGCACUAGUAUGGUACAUCUUGUUGAAGUGACCGCUUAGUACAGGUGAAGACACCAAGAAAUAACUCUUUGGGGCCUCAGAAAAGGUGACCAUGACCUCCUAAUAGAGGGUGACUGCUUAAUACAGGUUUGACUGUAAUAUUUUACUUGUAGGUCCUUCUGCAAAAUCAGUGAAAGAGAAGGUACAGAUGGAGGAGAUGGCUUAUGUAAAAACCAAGAAUGAUAUUAACAGACAUAUAAGGUAUGACACUGGAAAAUAACACUGCUGCUGCCUGGGUUAAACUAUGCAAACUGCAACUUUCUUGUAUCAUUCAUGGUAGCUGAAAGUUUGUGUUUGUUUACACAUCAGUUCUCUGUUUAUGAUUUGCAUGAUUGAUUUUCAUACAGGUGUAUUUAUUAUUAAAAAUUUGUGAAUGAAAAAUUAUGUAUCAGCCAACAUGCUUGAAUUAAGACUGUGAUCUAAGCAAAAGUUGAAUAUCAUCAAUGUACAUAUGUUGCUGACAUAUAAUUUAAAAACAUACAGGGUAAGAUAAUAUUAUUUAGCAACAUAGCCCAACAAAAAUAUCCUCAGAGAUUUUGCUUAUUGUGCAGGAAAAACUAUGGAAUGCAAGAUAAAAAGCUUCUCGAUUAAAGAACGAACUAUGAUAAGGAUGGAGAUUUUAUUUGUGCUGCAUUUGUGUUACCAUGAGUUGUGCAAGACAUUUAAACUUGUAUCAAUACCUAUGAAAGUAUCAGUUGAUCAUGAGUUAAAAAGAAUUACCAGCAAGAGUUAGAUAUUUUAAUUUUUAAGAUUAUUCAAAAUGUCCUGUCACUUUUUCACCUGGACAUCAGUAUCACUGGCACUGGGCCUGCUCAUAAACUUAAAUUUCUAAUUUUUAUUUCCAGUGAGCUGGAGAGUGAAGUAGAGAUGGUUCGUCUGGAUGUUGUACAGAAAAGAUGUAUUGCCAAUCCUGCAGAGGUUGACAGUCUUAACAGCCAGCUGUCAAUCAUAAGCCGUCAAGUGUCUGAUCUCAAGGGUAAGUUCAAACUUCAUUAUUGCCAUUCAUCUGUACCAUAAGCUAAAUUACACACUCUAAAGGGAUUGAAAAGGUAACAUCUUAGAUGAUAAGUUGCUAUUAUGCAUUGGUGGCCAUGUGUGUUCAAGGUAAGGUGUCUGGCCCUAAGUUCUUAGUUUUGGUCCAUAAAAAAUGAACAAGGUCAAUAUUCAGCCAUCUUGACCAAACACCUUUUUUAUACGGGAUUUAUUAUACGGCCCAAAAGAAUGUUUUUUUUUUAUGGGAACAAAAUGGAAAAUUCCAAGUGGACAAGAUGGGCAUAUCUUGCCAGCUUGCAUAGUCCUUGGUUAGCCACUUAGAAAACAGAAUUUGCUUCCUUGCAACCAUGUAAUGAUAAUGAAUGUUGCUCUUUUAGUUUACUACCAUGCCAAGAUCAUGGAUGUCUGCUUUUGGCACAGUGUGUGCAGGCCAACAUUUUCCAAGCCACUUUUGAUUGUAGCAGGGUUCAUACAGAGUCUUGAAAUUUGCCCAGACCUGGAAAAAGUCUAGAAAAUAGCGGUAAAGUCUUGGAAAAUGGUAAAAAAGUCUUGAGGGUUUUUUUUUUGAAGCUGCAACAAGUGCUUUAUAAGUGAAGAUUUUUUUUGCUUUGGUCCAAUCUUAUUUCAUCUCACCCGUACGUUUGCAGCACUUCAUGAAAAAAACUUUGUUCCUGUGCUUUUAAGGUUUCAGUUGAUUACCUAUUAAUUUGAUAACCUUGGGUCUGGACAAAGAAAUUAUUGAUUUGGAAAAAAGUUUGGAAAAAGUCUAGAAUUUUGGAUCCAAAAAUCUGUACGAACCCUGUUGUAUCCUGUCAGGCCAUUUUGGUUGUAGUUUUUAUAUCCUGAAAUACUCAAGUUAAACUUAUUUUAAUUGCCUUUUUCAGGUGAGUUUGCGGAACUGCAUGAUAGAAUGAAGUCAAACAUGGCAUCAGAAUUGGAGAUCAUAGUUCAGGGAGACAAGUGAGUGUUCACUGAAAUAAAAUAAUGUGAUCAACAUGAAUUUUCUCCUGCCAAUAUUAAAACAAUAUCAAGAGAAAAGGUUAUUAAAACUAUUUAAAUGAUCCACCUGGGGGAAAAUUCUUUGAUCUUUUGUCAAAUUCUCUCAACUAAUUCUUUAAAGAAAUUUAUGGAUAACGGGCUGGAGAAUUUGUUUGCAGAUAUUGGAGCUUCCAAAAAAAAAACAACCUCAAAAAAUCCACAUAAUUAAUGUUUCUUUCUUUAGAAUUUACAUCAGAAGACACUUAAUUUUUUUUAGAACUCUGAGGUAAAACAGUAUAUCUGCUAUCUCUCUUCAGAUUUCUGAAAGAAGAACCAAACAAACUGGAGAACUUAGUUAGCAGAUGUAAGCAUAUCACAGGGACACUGUUUACAUUACAAAAGUAAGUUGUUACUGUUUUAGCAGUCUGAAUGUGCAGGAAAGAAGAAUCAUGAAUCCUACGAUUAAAGUGGUUUUUCAAAUUUCCCAGGCUGAUUGUGGCAGACCAUUUCAGGCCUUUACUGAAUUCAUUCCAGAACAUAGCCUUGGUAUAGAACCGUGGUGUUGACAAUCACGAUAAAUAAAAGUCCUUGCAAUACUUUGAGGGGCAUUUUUGUGUACGCAGAACAUCGAAUCAUUGAAUUUGGUCAGCUCUAGCUGGAUAUGAAAAUUUAAAGAAUGAUCUACCUGGACGCUAAUUAGCAAAUUACAAAGUAAGGUCGAAAAUGAAACGAAAUUAAACCCCUGGAUAGUGAGUUAACCGUCCAACCCCCCCUACCCUCUGGAAUUUCCGGGGCCUCUGACCCCCAACCCCACGGAAUUUCCAAUUCCCUCCGUGGUGGGGUAUGGAUAUCUCCUAGAAUUACACAGAAAAUUGAAUCAAGCCUGGAUUAAGCCAGACAGAAACGGAGAAGUAUUUUGAAUGAAUAAUUGGGAUGAUCUGAUUUAUUUUUCAAUCUUCAGAUUAGUAACUGCUCAACAACAAAUGAAGAGUGAAAGUGAAGCAUCAUUCAGCUCUUUAGAGGUUUGUUGUUGUUUUUUUUUCUUCGCAUUUUUGAGGCCAUUUCCGAGUUUCCCCUAGCCUGAGAUCAUGCCGUAUCUCUAUCAUCCCUAUAUAUGUCUCUCACGCCCAGGUUAAGUUUUCCCAAGCCUCUACUAAGUGCGAAACCAUUGGUAUGAAAAGUUUUUUUCUUCUGGUGUAAAUGAAACUCAUUAUCACAAGAAAGGUUUCGCACUUAGCCUCGUUUUGAAAGUGAGAGUUUUUGGAACUCGGGAAUGGCCUAUACCACCAUUCAGUUCAGUUCAGUUCAGUUUAUUCACACUUGUAUACAAUAUUUACACUGUAUAUAGUAACGUAGAAGUAAAAUAACAAGCAACAGAGAAAAAAAAAAGAAAAGAAAGAUAUUAAUGGCUUUGGUAGAAGUAUACAGUGGUCAGAGGCGCUUAGCUUUCGAGCUAUAAAACACCGCUGCAUCAUGCAUAGAAAUACUUAAUAUGUGCUCCAGGUGCCAUGGCAAAUAUGGACGAUUAUGUGAAACAGUCAUUUAUAUGUAGUUAACUUUGACAGUUAAGCAGAAUUCGUCUGUAUUGUUCUUUGAACUGGUAGUUGCCGAGUGUUUUCAGAAAGAAGAUAAAACAGGCAGCUUUUCCAUUUCCAUUUCCAAAAUUUGUAGCAGAAAAUAAAAUACUAGUCAAUGGAUUAAUUUACGCUAGUGUUUUUGGUCAUUAUUUUGUGAGUCCUUGAUCAAUUAUCACUAACAACAAGCUGCUUUUUGUUAUUAUUGUCUCCUGAUAAUUCCUAUUUGUUUCUUUGUGUGUUUGUUCUUUCUUACAGGAUGUUGACAAAGAAGUUAUUGACAGUAUAAGAUCAGUACAAAGAGACUACAUUACACAAAGGGGUUUAGAACAUCAUACAGAGGUACAGUUUAUGACAAGCUGGCUUUAUUACAAAGUCCCAAAGAGGCUUAUGUUAAAGAGCCGGGCUAUAUCACUUACUAGUUUAGUGUUAGACAGGUUCAGCAUCGCGUUUACGUCAAACGGCAAACGCAAAUUUGUACCACGUGUCCAAGUUUCCCCUUUACCUGUACGUCGUUUACUGUUCAUAAUUAUUUUCUACACAUAAAUGCUGGAGUAGUUUCACGGAGUUUCUUAUCCAUAAUAAUUGUUUUGAGCUGCUCAUUUUCUAUUUUGAGAAAUUCUCAACUUGAAUCUGACGUUUGCCGUUUGCCGUUUACGUGAAGCUUUUAAAACUCUCUAUUUUCAUAACUCAACAGGAGCCAUAGGAACAUAGCCUCCAGAAAAGGCGUUAUGUUUGGGCGUGGAGCGCGAGAAACUGGCCUUCUUUAAUCGCGCGUGUCUCGCGUUAUACGUCCGCCAUGCGCUUGUCUUCGCUCGCCUGGAAGACUCGUUCAGAUAGUGGCUGUUCUGCAGGCUGGCUUUUCUAAGAAACUUUGUUGGAAAUGGGCGCUUAGAACUUUCAGUGUUGUGGAAAGCACAAAUAGUCAACAACUUUCUAUUGACUACAUUCUAACAGAAGUGUCGUCAAGUGUUCAAAACUUCGCAGCGAAAUCUUGA